AUGUGGCGGGGAGGCUUGGGGACGCCCGGGUUGAGGCUGACUUUGGGCGGCCGCUCAUUGGCCAAGGCAUUUACCGAGGAACCGAAUUCCGGUGCUUCGAGAGGACAGGGCCCGUGGUGCCUUGGUCGCAGCGACGUCUUCCAACAUCCAGCGACGAGCGACGACCCUGCGGAGACGGUAGCUGUUGGUCCAACCCUCUUCACCAUGAUCUCAUCACGCGUCGGUGUCUCGGCCUUGCGCCAGGGUGAGUCUGAUCUCCUUUUCUGGGUCAAUUGGGAGGUUGCGGCUGGCGACGACGGGGUUUGGUCGACGUGGGUUUCGACUUGGAGUCUCGCCAUGCGAAGACGACGCCGCGAGGGCUCUCCGGGAGCAACCCACGUAAUGCACAGAGCGCUAACGUCUAUUUCUACUCCAGCCGCAAAGAAGCCCAAUGCCGCCUUCUUUUCCCAGAACCUGCCUCGCCUGGCACUGGGCAUGCAGACUAGGCCCGUAACCACGACCAAGUACAGCGAGUCCGAUGCCCAGAGCCUCCUGGCCACCCAGCGCAAGAGCCGCCCCGUGUCGCCCCAUCUGCAGAUCUACGACUACAGCCAGACGUGGUUCGGCGCCUCCGUCUGGACGCGUAUCACGGGCUCCAUCUUCUCCGGUGGUCUGUACGUCUUCGCCGCCUCCUACCUGGUCGCCCCCCUGAUGGGCUGGCACCUCGAGUCGGCCUCGCUGGCCGCCGCCUUCGGCGCUCUGCCUGUCGCCGUCAAGGGCGGUCUCAAGUUCCUUCUCGCCUGGCCCUUUACCUUCCACAGCAUCAACGGCAUCAGACAUCUCACUUAUGACUUCGCCAAGGGCUUCAGCAAGUCCACCAUCAAGACGGUGAGCAACGCCAUCUGGGCUAGCAGCUUGGUAGCUGCGUUGGGUCUGGCUUUCUACUGGUAA